CUCAGAUCCAGAAGAGGAGCUGGUGUUCCAGGUGGCAGCGACGGUAGAGGAUACCGAGGCAGCGGCGGCGGCUGGAUGGCAACUUCCACGCCGGGCCCCAGCCCCCAGCCCCUAGAGAAGGAGGAGGAGCCCCCUCAGGGCAGUCCUGCUGAGCACCUCUCGGUGGUCUCUAAGCUCUGUUACAGCAUCGGUGGGGCCCCCAAUCAGGCAGCCUCCAGUGCUGCAGCCUUCUACCUGCAGCUCUUCCUGCUCGAUGUAGCCAGGAUCCCUGCAGCUCAAGCCUCGCUCAUCCUGUUUGUGGGUAAGCUCUCCGGGGCUGCGGCUGACCCCGCGGCUGGAUUUCUCAUCAGCCGGAGCCCAUGGACGCGCCUGGGCCGCCUCACGCCCUGGAUCCUGGGCUGCUCGCCUUUCCUGGCCCUCACCUACUUCCUUCUGUGGUUCCUACCCCCCAUCACCCAUCUGCGGGGUCUCUGGUACGGAGCUUUCUACUGCCUCUUCCAGGCCCUCUCCACGCUGCAGCAGGUCCCAUUCUGUGCCCUUACCAUGUUCCUCACUCAGAACCAGCAGGAGAGAGAUUCGGCCACUGCCUAUCGGAUGACCAUGGAGAUGGUUGGGACGCUGAUUGGAGCCACCACGCAUGGCCUCAUUGUGGCCGGGGCCCACAAGGCCCCCAAAUGCCCCGAGGCCAACCUCACUGACCCACUUCUGGCUGUGGCCUCCAGCAUCUCUCCCCAUACGCGUCAGCUUUACAUGGUCGCCGCUGGGCUCAUCGCGGGAACCUACCCACUGUGCGCGUCCCUGCUCGCCCUGGGGACCACGGAGGAAGACGCUCUCUACAUCCUUGAGCAGCGGAGGGUCCCCUUCUUCCAGGGGCUCGGCCUCACCCUCCGGCAUCAGCCCUACCAGAAGCUUGUGGCCUCCUUCCUGUUCAUCUCUGCUGCUGUCCAGGUUCAGCAGAGCUACCUUGUCCUGUUCUGCACCCAUGCGGCCUCCCUGCAUAGCCACGUGCAGAGCCUGGUGCUGCUGGUACUGGUAGCAGCUGUCCUCAGCACCCCAUUCUGGGAAUGGUUCCUGCAGAGAGCCGGCAAGAAGGCGGGGGCCUACGGGAUUGGGGUCAUGGUGCCCUCCGCGCUCCUACUGGCCGCGGCUCCCAGUGCCCCCUUGGCCUACGUUGUGGCCUUAGCGUCUGGUGCCAGCAUCGCUGUGGCCUCCCUGCUGCCCUGGUCCAUGCUGCCUGAUGUUGUGGACGACUUCAGGCUCCGGAGACUUCCCCUGAAGGGUCUGGAAACCCUUUUUUAUUCCUCCUACGUCUUCGUCACGAAGCUGUCGGGGGCCGGGGCCCUGGGUAUCUCCACCCUGAGUUUGGAGUUUGCAGGAUAUGAGUCUGGCGCCUGUAAACAGUCUGACAAGGUGGUCGUGGCCCUCAAAGUCUUGAUUGGAGCUGUCCCCACCAGCAUGGUGCUGAUAGGUCUGGGCAUCCUGUCCGUUUACCCCAUCACUGAGCAGCGGCGCCAGGAGACUGCCCACAGGCUGGAUGUGCUGAGGAAGGAGGGCUCCACGUCCAGUCACCCCAGUCCCAGUGGAGCCCAGGGUGGAGCCGCAGGUCCCUGAGCCCAACCCAGCAGUGGUAAGCCUGGCAGACGCCUCAGGCCGGCUCCCGGCUUGGGUUCUGCGGGGUUUUAAGAAGAAAUUAGGGUCAGGCAAUCCCAGGUUACAGCUGCCAUCCCUGCAGUCCCUCACCAAUGCACUGCGGGCAGCCUUCCACGGAAGAGCCCCCACAUACACAAAGAGCCAGUGCUGUCCCCUGGGUGGGGCCUGAAGGACAUUCCCAUCUCCACGUACCUCCAAAAGGCCAUGAUGUUUGGUCCAUUCCCCUAAACCCUCUCCCACGCCUUGCUUUCCUGUUAUGUGACUACAACACCAACCUCCCACCUGCCUUGAGUCACAACCUAGGAGUCACCCUGGAUUCUUUGCUAACUCUUCCCCCACCCCCCACUGUCACAUCCAACAUGGUGCCAAGGCCCGGGAUUUGCCCCUUGCAGCCUCUCUCUGCAGGGUGCCCCAACCUGGUGCAGACCCUCACCUUCUCACACCAGGCCUACUGCAAUUGCUGCUGAGGGGUCUGCUCGCCCCAGGCCUAUCCGCACUCCAGGCCAGCCUCCAGCCACUGAAGGGUUUUCAGCAAUGAUCUGACCAUGUCACCUCCUCUUCAAUAAAUUCUGAUGACUCCCUAUCACCGUCAGGAGCAACUACAGAAUGAUCUGCUUGGCCUCCAGAGCCCUUCCAAACAUCCCCCACUCCUCCCUUUCCAGACAUUUUACACCUGCCUCCCCAAAGAGACUCUUUAGUCUUAGUGCCCCCCUGCCUCCUGGCUCUCCCAUCUAUAAGACCCUCCAAUCUCUCCACUGCUCUGGGCCUUCUCUCUGGCUCUGCCCAGGCCUGGAGUGCUCUCCCUCCUCUGCUCCAACUGCUGACCUCCCCACUGAAAUGACACCUGCUACAGGAGGCCCUCCCUACUCCCUCUUCACGCCAGUGCCUCCCCAUUGGUUAUUUCCCAUUUAUCUUGUACUUCGCUUGUUUUGAAUACUGUUGUCUGCCUGUUGUAUCAUCCCUCCCCACUCAAGGCCUUUUUUGGUAUCCCAGUGCCUGGCAUACAGUAGGUGCUUAAUAAAUAUUUAUUGAUUACCGAUCAAAGCCCAGCAGGGUCCUAAUUGCUUUUCUUAAGUUUUGAAAAGGCAGAAGCCAAGGCUUUUCAGAAAUUGAAGCUGGUGGCCUACACGUGCAUGUGUCCAAGCACGCAUGCACAGAGAUACCACCUGUCCCCGCCCCCGCAAGAGCAUGCACUAAAGGGUGAAUUGAUGCUGCAGGUGGUACGCCCUCCACCAUGUAGUCUGGGCUCAUUUUCCUUAGUGGGUCUUGAAUCUGUCUGGCCAGGGGACUAGGGCUUAGGUCACUGAC